AUGAAACCCGACAAAGAAAUAUUUGUCGGCGUUCACAUCUUUUUUUUUUGUUAAAAUUCCACGGUUUUGCUCGAUUGACCGACAAGAAAAUGGUGUAGGUUGUUUGUCAAUAUUUUUUUUUCGAAAGAUUGUGCUUUCCUUUGCCAAAAUAUAAAACCCAAACUAGUGAAUUACGACAAGCUUCUAUCAACAUUGAAUCUACUGUACAUGGGAAAUUAACAAGCCAUUGUUUCUGACGUAAUUGAUACAUUGUGUAGGCGUAUUUGUUCAAGUUUGCAUACGCAUUUUUGAUUACAAAGCUGUAAAAAUUUCGUUCAUAAAAAAAAGGAAAAGGGAUAAUUUCGGUUGAUUUGAAAUAAAACUUGGUGCUAUUAGUAUUUUAGGAAAAGAUAAUCCAUGAUUGGUAAAAAAAGGAAAGAAAAUGAAGCAGGAAAUUUCGUGGUUGAUGAAAGGAGAUUCAUCUGAGAAUGAAGAGUUGUUUAGAGGAAAUUGCAUUCUGUUUAGUUGAUGCACAAGAGAGCGUCGUAGAUCAUUUUUCUUUUUCUUUAUUAUUGAAUAUUGUUAGUGAAGCUCAUUUAGAGCUUUAUAAUUGUUCGAAAUCACCAAGUGUUCAAAAAACCACUUUUAAUGAAGCUAAAGUGGCGCGCGUGGGGGCAAGCUCUCUUCUGAGAACGUUCAGCGUCGUACAAUUGACUUCGAUGAACAAUGAACCAUUCGGGAAGCGGAAAACGUCAGGCGAAGGUUUUGGAAGAAAACUAUUGGGAUUGCAGUGUUUGCACCUAUAGAAAUACAGCAGAAGCAUUCAAGUGCCUCAUGUGUGACGUCCGUAAAGGAACUUCUACGCGGAAGCCCCGCAUCAACCCUCAAUUAGUGGCCCAGCAGGUUGCUCAGCAACAGUACGUGCCACUGUUAAAGCCAGGUAAAAAGGAAGGUGGUAGUGGAGGAAGUACGACAAGUAGUGGUAAGGAAAGAGAACGCAAACUGGAUAAACCAAGGCGUAAGAAUCGACAUCCCCCUAGACUUAAAAAUAUAGACAGAAGUACCGCCCAAACAAAUGAGGUGACAGUAAAUAAUGUCACUGUCGUUAUCACUGAGUAUAAGCCAAAAGUGAAAAAAAGUUCCGAUCAAUCGGGUCUCUCAAGUAGUGCAUCGUCCGAAAAUGGUAGUCAACACGACUCCAAUCAAGAUUCAAGAAGUUUGGACAUAGGAACAGACGCUUAAUGCGUUUCUUGUGUCAAAAAAAAAAAACAAAAAAAUGAAAAAACAAAAAAAAAAUUCGUCUAUGAAAUAUUCUAACUAAUAUAUAUAUAUAUAUAUAAUGUAUGUCAACGUUGUCUAUUAUCCCGGACAUGUUCUAUCUACCUUUAAAUUAAAAUAUAGACCCUACGCUAAUCAUGUUUACAUAGAAAUUUAAAUUCUAUGAUCAUUAUUAGCGUAAUAAUGACUUGCAAUUUGUGAAACAACCACUGCCAGAGAGCAAAUAUUUUAUUUAAAUACUUAAAACCAGUUAAUUAUAAUUAGUAUACGUAUAUCUUAUAUUAAAUUUUCACCCCUAUUUUUUUCCCCUAUCUGUGAAAGUAGUCUAGACGAAAAUUAAUGAAUUUUUUGCCUUUUUUAAAACUAAAAGAACUUAAAUUUUUCAAAUAUUGUAUAAUUUUUAAAUGAAUGAAUGAAUUAAUUAAUGUAAUGUGUUUUAAGAAAAAUGUGAACGAAUCCUAUUAUCUAUAUUUUAUUUCAUUUGACAAAAGACUAUAACGACAUUCUUUUUAGAAAAUAAUUAUAAAAAUGUCGAUUGUUCUUUAUAAUGCGCUCAAUCAAAUUUCUGCAAUUUUUGUUGUCAAAUAUGCGUUUAUUUUUUUCGUAGUAAAUAUAUAUAUAUUUCACAUUUCAGUGAAAGUAGAGAGUAUGUUUUAUGUAAUUCUUAAAUGAAAACUUAUUAAAAGAUAAGUUUUUUGUUCUUGUAACGGUUAAUUUUUACACUACUCAUAUGUAUUUGAAUUCUGAAAUUCUAUGUACAAUAAAUUUAUACCGUCACUGAAAA